CUGCUGUCUCUUCUUCUUAUUCUUCUUCUUCUUCCUCCAUGGUGGUCCAAUUCUCCUCACUCCCACCACCAUGUCCGCUCCCUCCCCGAUCCCAAAGCUCCUCCGCGAGUCGAGCGACCUCACCAUCACCUCCACCUCCCACAUCUCCCCCAGCAACACCAGCGUGUCCUUCAUCCGUUCCCACCGCCGUUCCUGCAACCCCUUCACCCGGUCCCAGCCCCGACUACACCUCACCCAACAACCACUCUUCCGCAACUCCCUCCUCGCCGGCGUCGGCUUCCUCGAACUCGCCAAUGCCGCCGAUUUCGCCGCCAACGUCUGGAACCAAAUCCCCGUCCCCCGAUACGCCAUGAUCCUCAUGGCCAUCGGCGGCCCCGUCGCCCUGCUGAUCACCCUCGUCGCCGCCCGUGACCUCUACCUCAGCUACCAAAACGUGCAACUCCUGCGCCAGGAGCGCCAGCACCUCCACCACCUCGUCGCCGCCUCCCCCUCCGCCCACACCACCCUCAUCCUCAAAUCCCGCCUCAGCGUCAACUUCCGCGAACUCGGCACCGAACUCGUCGACCGCAUCCUCAUGGACGCGCUCAUGGGCUUCGGCGCGCUCCUCGUCGGCACCGGCACCCUCAUGGCCAUCUGGGGCGCCAACCACCGCGUCUACCACGCCAGUAACCUCCUCUCCGGAUACAUCGGCAACGGACUAGCGGCAGCAUUCGGCGUCGUGAACUCCAUCUGGUCGGGCUAUCUCGUCCUUCGCUUCCAACGCCACUACCACGCAUGCAUGUCCUCCCAUUCCACCCCCACCACCACCACCACCCCAAACCCACUCGACAUCCACAACGACUACGACCUCGACAUCUCCCUCUUCAAAGAUCCUCUCCGCCUCCGCUUCCGCGGUCUCCAAUGGCACGCCGUCGUCAACGGCAUCAACGGCAUCGUCGCCGGCGCCGCCAGUCUCGUCACCGCAACCAUGUGGUACGGCUACGUAGUUCUCAUCCCGUGCAUCAUCAGCCUCAUCGCGUGUAAUUGGUUCUGGAGGGUGCGAUUGGGGUAUGAUCGUCCUUUACUUACUUCUCCCAUACCACCAACCACCACCACCACCACCACCAACCACCCCUACGAACCAACCGACCCCAACUCCGACCUCGAAGAAACCAACCUCCUCACCGACCUCGCAACAACCACCCACAUCCACCGCACCCUCACCUCCCCGUAUCCCAUCCUCCCCCGCACCAUCCUCAACCCUGCCUCCCUCCAAUCCACCCUCACCUUCAUCACCCGCAACGGCAUGUUCGAGAACUUCUGCGUCUGGGUGAAUGAGACCCUCCCGGGUGGUGUCGAAGACGUCCUGAAUAUCCCUCCUACCACAGCCCCCUCCAAUCCUCACCCUCACCCUGAUCCUCUACCAAAUCCAAAUACAACUACAAAUACAAAUACAAAUACCCCUCCUCCUCCCUCCCAAACCGAACCCUCAGAACCCGACCCCGAGAAAGACGAACCACCCCAAGAAGAAAACAACAUGGUUGUACUAACACCAACCACCUUCCUCACCCACGCAAAACCCGAUCCCCUAUUAACCACCAUGAACGAAUACCUCAAUCGCUUCGCCAAACGGGCCAUCGCGUAUCGCGAACGUUGGUUGCUGGAGGUGGUGGGGUGUGCGGUUUAUGAGUCUCACCUAUCAUCGAAGUCAUCUUUAUCUGGGGAUGAGGGGGGGAGGGAGGGUUCGUGAUGGAUGGUUUGUUUUUUGUUGGAUUGGGGAUAAUUGGGAUGGAUGGUGGAUGGUGGAAGGAUGUGCGGGACACAGUGGGAGGGAUAGUGUGCUGGGCACAAUGAUUAUGGUAUAUUAGGAUGAGAUGGGUGGAUGCAUGCGAGCGUGCAUUAGGGGGUGGGAAUGGGUUAUAUGCUGGCAUAGACUACUACUCUGAUAGAAGGAUAUAGUAGUAGAUAGAUGAGGUGAAGUA